ACAUCUUCUCGUCAGCCCGUACUAACCACAGGUCCUCGACAGAAAUCUGCAAAAAUGGCCAUCAAGCACAACCAGCAGAUCCAGAAGAACCACUUCCACAAGGACUGGUAUGCGCCGCCCUGCACUCGCGCAAGCGCUCGCUGACUUUCCCAGGCAACGCUACGUCCGCGUGCACUUCGACCAGCCUGGCAAGAAGAAGUCCAGACGCAACGCCCGCGUUGCCAAGGCCGCGAAGGUUGCUCCUCGCCCCGUCGACCUCCUCCGCCCCGUUGUGCGAUGCCCUACCGUCAAGUACAACCGCCGCGUCAGGCCCGGCCGUGGUUUCUCGCUCGUUGAGCUGAAGGCUGCCGGCAUUCCCCGCAAGUUCGCCCGCACCAUCGGUAUCUCCGUCGACCCUCGCCGCCAGAACCUGUCCGAGGAGUCCCUCAAGGCCAACGUCGAGCGCCUCCAGGAGUACCGCCAGCGCCUGAUCCUGUUCCCCCGCCGCAACGGCAAGACCAAGCAGGGCGACGCAUCCGCCGAGGACAUCAAGGCCGCCAAGGCCGGCGAGAACCUCGUCCGCAGCACCAUCCUGCCCAUCAAGAACACCGUUUCCUUCGAGGAGGGCAAGGUCGCCGACUUCAAGGGCGAGGAGAACGCCUACCGCAAGCUGCGCGACGCCCGCUCCGAGGCCCGCUACCAGGGCAAGCGCGCUGCCCGCGCCGCCGCCAAGGCCGAGGAGGAGGAGAACAAGAAGAAAUAGACUGCGACUCCCCGCUGAGGUUGUCGUGUGGGUCGGUUGUGUACGCCUUACGAUGGUUUAAAAGUUGGGCUGGUGAGGCA